AGGCGGCGCGGCAGGGGCCGGAGCCCCGGGGGUGCCACCCCGCGCCCACGCCGCCGCGGGGGACCCCCCGCGGGACACCUCGGGGAGGGUGUGCGGCGGGCCAGGCGCGCCUUGGGGCGGUGGCGGGGCUGCCCCGGGGGGCAGGUGGCAGCGGGCACCCCCGGCGGGGUGGGCUGCGGGCCGUGGUGAUCGGCCGGGGGGAGGAGGCUGCGGGCGGCCCGGGGCAGGUUCCGCGGGGAGGAGGCGAGGGAGGGAGGGCGCUGGGAGGCUGGGACACGGGCAGGGUGCGGUCCUGGCGGUUCCCGGUCCCGGAUCUCUUCAAUUUCCCCUCUCACUCCUGCCCGGGGAGCGGAGGCAGCGGCGGCUCCGGCUCCGGCUCCAGCUCCGCCGCGCUGACCGCCGAAGCGCAAACCGCGGGGGGCUCCGGCAGCGCCGAGCCCCGCGCCCCGCGCCCCGCAAGCGGCCGCUCCCCUGCCAAAACAAACGUCCCUUCGCUAUUUAUUGCCGCCGCCGGGCCACGGCAGCUCAGAGCGGGCCGCCACCGGCCCGCCGCACCAGGCAGCCGGAGCGCACCCGCGCCGGGCAGCCGCCGCGCCCCGCCGCUGCCGCCACCGGCACCGGCACCUGUCCGCCGGCUGCGCGCCGUAUGGGGAGCCCCGGGGCGGGCGGCGGGAGCGGCGGCCGAGCCUAGCGGGGCCCCCGAAGCCGCCGGUCCCCCGGGCCGCCCCGGGGCCGCCGGGCGCGCCAUGAAGCCGGCGCGGCUGCUGCUGCUGCUGAGCGGGUGCGCGCUGCUGCUGGCGCCGGCCGUGCGCGGCUGCGGGCCGGGCAGGGUGGUGGGCAGCCGCCGCCGCCCGCCCCGCAAGCUCAUCCCGCUCGCCUACAAGCAGUUCAGCCCCAACGUCCCCGAGAAGACGCUGGGGGCCAGCGGCCGCUACGAGGGCAAGAUCGCGCGUAACUCGGAGCGCUUCAAGGAGCUCACGCCCAACUACAACCCCGACAUCAUCUUCAAGGACGAGGAGAACACCGGCGCCGACCGGCUCAUGACCCAGCGCUGCAAGGACCGCUUGAACUCCCUGGCCAUCUCCGUUAUGAAUCAGUGGCCAGGCGUGAAGCUGCGGGUGACAGAGGGCUGGGAUGAGGAUGGGCACCACUCAGAGGAGUCACUGCAUUACGAGGGCCGAGCUGUGGACAUCACAACCUCAGACCGGGACCGCAACAAAUACGGCAUGCUAGCUCGCCUGGCCGUGGAGGCUGGCUUCGACUGGGUCUACUACGAGUCCAAGGCUCAUAUCCACUGUUCCGUCAAAUCAGAGCACUCAGCCGCUGCGAAGACGGGGGGCUGCUUCCCUGGGCGGGCACUGGCGACGCUGGAGGAUGGUGCUCAAACACCGCUGUGGGCACUGCGCCCGGGCCAGCGGGUGCUGGCGAUGGAUGGGGCAGGCAGGCCCACUUACAGUGACUUCUUGACUUUCCUGGACAAGGAGCCCCAUGUCCUCACCUCCUUCCACGUCAUCGAGACGCGGGAGCCAUCCCGGCGCCUGGCCCUGACGCCCACCCACCUGCUCUUCGUGGCUGAGAACGCCUCAGCACCUGCUGCUCACUUCCGCCCCACCUUUGCCAGCCGUGUGCACCCUGGACAUUUUGUACUGGUGGCAGCAGAGGGCGGUGGCUGGCAGCCCGCCGAAGUGGUGGAGGUGCGGGACCAGAGGGACGUGGGAGCCUAUGCCCCACUGACACGCCAUGGGACACUGGUGGUGGAUGGUGUGGUGGCCUCGUGCUUUGCCCUGGUGCAGGAGCAACAGCUGGCACAGCUGGCCUUUUGGCCACUGCGGUUCUACCACAGCCUGGUGGGGUGGCCAAGGGUGCAGGGGAAUGGCAUGCACUGGUACUCGGGGCUGCUUUACCGCCUGGGCAGGCUGCUCCUGCCCCCCGACAGCUUCCACCCACUGGGGGUGCCUUGGGCAGAGAGCUGAGGGUGUGCCCUGGCCAUGGCUGGCACUGCUGGUGGAGGUGGUGGCUGUGGGGCAGCUCAGUGGGGCCCAGCACCCCCUCCCAAAGCUGGGUGCCCAGGAGGAGCUGCCUCCAGCCCUGCCUGCUCAGGGCACAGCCUUCUCCUGACUGAGGGGCAUCAGGACUUCCCAGCACACCUCUUCUAUGCCCACCACCCUCUUCUCACUCCCUGUUCUUGGGGG